CUUGUAUAGGGCCCUGCUCAAAGUCAAUGUUGUGACACUCCAAUGAUCAGUCUGAUCUCCUUGUGGUCUACCCCUCUCUGAUAUUGCCUCGGACGUACUACCGGAUGGUACAGUUGUCCUCAGUUGGGACCUCACCUCAUUGCUGAAGACGAAGACGACAUCAUGCCGAAGUGGGUGUCCGUAAGUCGGACGUACCGCUGGAUGGAGUCUGAGCUUGUUCCCUGUAGGCGGGGGCACUGGUGGCCACGAUGUGACUUCCUAUUCGCUGCACUAUCAUUGACCUUCAAUGUCAGCUUUCUCAGCCACAUGCCAUGGCUCAUGCUACAGUAUGGAGGAGGUCUCUAUUUGAUUGCCUUUGCGCUGGUCCUCGUCUUCGUAGCCUACCCUCUCAUGAAUAUGGAAAUAAGCCUGGGACAAUUCGGAUCGGGUGGAAUGAUAUCAGUUUGGAAUCUCUGUCCAUUAUUUAAAGGUAUAGGUUAUGGCAUGGCCCUCAUGAGUGUCAUGUCGUCGAUCCCCUACAGUUACAUGUCAAGCUGGCCCUUGCACUACAUAGCCUCUACUGUCCUUACCCCUGACGUGCUGCCCUGGACCACGUGCGCCAACGACUGGAACACUCAAAACUGUGCCGAACUUAAAUUCAUGGUGCAGGACGAACAACAAACAAGCACGGCAUCACCACUGUCAGUGUCACCAACGGCGAUGUCAUAUGGAGGAAAUGUGAAUCCAUCUUUUUCUGGUCAUAUGCAAAUGGAACCAGCGGAAGAGUAUUAUAAGUAUCGAUUCUUGGCUCAGAUAGGCAAUGGCACGAGUAUAAGUAACGUUGGUGAGAUUCAAUGGGAAAUCCUUUUAUCACUGGCCACGUUCUGGGUGCUCAUGUACUUCAUGUUGAUAGUUGGACAUUACUCACUUGGAAAGGCGUCCUAUUUCACGACGCUCGUACCUUUAGGGAUAGUGAUAGCGUUCUUGGUAAAGGUGAUUCCGCUGCCGGGAGCCGUUGACGGUCUACUCUACGUUUUGAAAAUCACGCCCAAUGAUGUUCUUCGGGAGGAGUUCAUAAUAACGAUGACAGCACUGUCUCAUAUCAGUCUCAUCAACACAUUUAUGCUCGGCUAUGGUUGUUUCACCACGCUUGGAAGCUACAGUCGGCUGCAAUACAACUAUCACAGAGAUUCCAUCUUGGUGAUAAUCUUCACAUUCCUGUUCUGCGUGCUGUGUGUUGCAAUGACGGCCAUGUAUAUUGGGCACUACUGCCACCUCCUUAAUAUAAGCAUCGGCGAAGCAAUGAAGCCAGGUCAGAAGUUUCUGUUCAUCAUCAUGCCUUCCCUGCUCAGUUCGUUCGAGUCACCGAGACUCUGGCUCUGCCUUUACUUUGCCUUGGUCUUCUUCCUCAUGUUCGGAACGCAGAUGGUUGUCACUGAAAGCAUCGUGACAGCACUUGCAGAUGAAUUCUUUCCAGUGAGGCUCACGAAGGGAAAGAGGAUGCUGUUCAAAUCCCUCCUGACUCUUGCCUUCUGUCUUCUCAUGCUCCUGAUUGGAAUACCUCUAUCAACGCAGGGCGGUUUUGACAUUGCUAUGCUGUUGGAUAUGAAUGUGGCCACCUAUUCGCCGUACGUCCUCAUCCUAUUUGCUUGUUUAGUUCUCAUUUGGAUCUAUGGCAUUGUGCAGUACUCUCGUGAUGUGAAGAUGAUGUUAGGUUACAAGCCAGAUUAUCUCAUCCUGGGGUGUAUCAUUGGUGUGGUGCCCCUCGCACUAUUAGGAUGCCUCGCAUUUACGAUCUUCAAUAAGUUUCAUUAUCGAAGCGGUGUAAAUGACCCGGCAUGGUAUACGCUAGUGACGUGGGUCAUCGCCACUCUGCCGCUGGUUCUAGUUCCGAUCCUGAUGAUAAUACGUUUGUUCCAGGCCGCAAUUUGCCCGCAGCGGUGUGGCACCUCUAAGAACUUUUGCUCCCGGACCGUCUCCCCAACCAUUCGGUGGAAGAGGCAGUAUCAACAAGAUGUAUCGCAGAGACAGACCAUUAUCCAGAGACACACAGCGUCACCUGCAGGUCGGGAUGAUAUGCCACCACCACUCUAUGUUGAACUGAAGGAAACCAUUGCAUAAUGUGAUAAAAAGACCGAAAAAAAACAUUCGGGAAAAACCAGGCCGCAGCUAUGAAAGCACAGAUGGCACACCGCAAUGCAUAGACUUGAUUAAGACAUUUUGUUGAGUUUGAACGACUAGAAAAAAUGUAUAAUGAAUGUAUAAUGAAAACAAUCAGUUAAAUUUUAGGAAUUUUAAGUGGUGUAAAACUUUUUACUUUUAUAAUAUGUAUUGUUUAGGUUGAACAUGGUAAAAAAAGCAUUUUCGAUAGAUGUACAUGUAUAUGUCGCUGGUUGGCGUCAUUACCAGCCUGGAAUUGCUCAGUACUUUUUAAAUAUUUCUUAUUCUUGAAGCUCAAGUAAAUUACUUGUUCCUAGUUCUUUCAAAAGCUACGUCAGUACAUUUGUAAAGUAAGGGCUAAAUGCAGUUUUUAAUGGCUAAAAAGGCAACCCGUCCGAUGAUCGUGGGCUUCAACUUGACGACGUCAUUGCCAAGGCACCUUUUAGUUCUACUUCGUGUGGGCAGAGGGCGAAUGAUGUUCUUCUCGCACACAUACAUCACAUGUACAUGUAUAUCGACGUUUUUUUACAGUACAUUUUCGCGAACGGCUUGUAAAUAAUACAAUGUAAAUAUUAUGAGGAAAUAAUCAACAAAUCUACCUUUUUCUUUUUGUCCGAGGAGAUCGAAUAGCAUAUAUACAGCUAUAGAUGGAAAGCUUUGAAAAUUCUAAAAAUGUAUUUGAAACCGUUAAACCGUGCUGAACGAUCAACUCUAGUAAAACUGCGCAACGGAACUUCCCCUAUCAUCCUAGAACUUGGGCGAUACCGCGGAACCCCGGUAGAGCAAAGGACGUGUCCUAAAUGCAAUAAUGGGAAGGUAGAAGAUGAAAUGCACUUCCUCUGCCAUUGCCCCGCCUAUCUUACACAGCGGAUGAAAAUGUACCAAUUGAUAUCAACCACAUUUAAAGACUUUGAAGAACUUGCCGAUAAUGAGAAGAUAACAAUAAUGUUGAGCAACUCAAACGUAUCAAAGUAUGUGGCCAACUAUGGCAUCAAUGCGCUGGCAAUUAGAAACUGUAUAUAGAAGAAUGUAUAAAGUGAACUCUCGGUCCGAUCAUAUAGCACUAUGUAGAUAACGUGUCUUGUAAGCCUAGAUAAGGCUGGCUGUAAUUAACAGAUGACACUAUAAUAAACAAAUAUACUAUACUAUAGGUCUAUUCCUGGUAUAUUUGUAUGUUCAAACUAGAACAGAUCACCAAUAACCACAUUUUUAUCUCAAUAUUCGUCACAAAAGUUGAAUUACUCAUUGAAAAGGAUUAAGUAAAUAAAACAUAGUUUUAUAAAGUCGACGAAAUAUUUGCGGAAUGCGGCGAAUGAAUAUGGCAUUGCGUAAUCACAUAUGAGGCAUUCUCCCAGGAGCUUUGGGUUUGUGGGUUUUUGACUGAAGGACUACGAUUCAACAACCUCUUGAUAAGGAUCUGUCACGUCUGCCGUCUCCAUAGCUUUUUGCGAACGACGACUUGGUGUCUAGUCCGACAAUUGAACAUUUCUGACCAAUGGUGUUGCCAUGUAUAAGCGUAGCGAAAGUGUCUACAUAGAAUUGAUACUCCGACUGAUAUGGCGGUGUGGAUGCCGUGUUGUGAUCGCUUUGGGUGGUACCUCAGCUAGACCCUUCGCUAUCACCAAUUAUUUACUAUUUGAUUGUGUGGCGCUAUUGUUUUGUGCAAUUUCCAUAAAAACAGUUCUGUCAUGUCAUAAUAUUUAUAUGAUAUUGUACCAAAAUACAGUACGAUUUCGAGUUUCUUUGUGAGCCGAUAGAAAGUUCACGGUAGC